CUCCAAAGUAGAAAUGGUCACCUGGACCUGUUUGUUCGCUUCCUUCAUGGUCUGUGUCUGGAGUCCAACCAGAGAAUCUUAGGAGACCUGCUGGGUCAGACACACUACAGUCCAGAAGUCAUUCCAGAGGUCAUUAAAGACCUAAAGGAUAUGAACACAUACAGAGUCUCUCCAGACAGAAGCAUCAACAUCUUCCACUGUCUGACAGAGUUGAAGGAUCAGUCAGUUCAUCAGCAGAUCCAGGAGUUUCUGAAGUCACAGAACAGAGACCAGGAACUCUCUGAGAUCCAGUGCUCAGCUCUGUCCUAUAUGCUGCAGAUGUCAGAGGAGGUUCUGGAUCAGUUGGAUCUGCACCAGUAUAAAACAUCAGUGGAGGGAAAACGGAGACUGAUCCCAGCUGUGAGGAACUGCAGGAAGGCUGGCUGCAGUUUGUCAGAGAUCAGCUGGUCUUCUCUGUUCUCAGCUCUGAAGUCCAACCCCUCCCAUCUGAGGGAACUGGACCUGAAUGAAAACAACCUUCAUGAUUCAUCAGUGGAGGUUCUGUGUGGUUUUCUUCAGAGUCCACUCUGUGAACUGCAGACUCUGAUGUUGGUAGAAUGCAAUUUGUCAGACAUCAGCUGUUCUUCUCUGGUCUCAGCUCUGAAGUCCAACCCCUCCCAUCUGAGGGAACUGGACCUGAGGUUUAACCACCUUCAGGAUUCAUCAGUGGAGGGUCUGUGUGAUCUAGUAAAGAGUCCAAACUACAGACUGGAGGAUCUGAAGUGGAAGUCCAGACCUUGAUGAAGAUGAUCUUCGUUGUCAAUGCAGUGGAACCAAAUACAAGAAGGAACCUUCAGACCUUCAGGAAUGUUCUCUGUGU